AUGGCACGAAGCACGGCAUCCGAAGCACUGGACACCGAAUCUACUACUUCUCCACGUCUAUCGUCGACUACAAAGAGUCUGCAAGCAGCCCCAAAUUUGUGGACGCCGCAGAGUCAGAGUCAGAGUCAUGACCCGUACGUGGACUAUCUCCAAGAUUCAUCCUAUGUGACUAGUCCGUCCUUUGAAAAUCAAACACCAAACUUGUCGUUCGACGCCAAUUCAGGAUCAGGGUAUACUUUUGAUCUGCAGAUGGAGGAUCACGAUACCCUUCGCGCUCUGGCACCGUUGACGCAAGUUCCCGAUCGUCCACAGCCAAAUUUUGAGCUGUCGAAUGUACUCGAAAAUUACAUCCCAGGACCAUCACCGGACCUGCUCGAGCCUGCAGAUACAGUCACCGCCCUAUCGAGAUUAAAUGCAGAUUUCGCUAGACAGGUAUCCAACAUCGACGCAUACGUCUGGGGGCCUGUGAACGCAGCGCAUCAUUGUCUCGAAAAGCUUCACCAAGUUGAAGGCAAUCCUAUGGCGGAGCUGCUGCAGAGCACCUCUCGAUUCGUUUCGAUUCUGGAAAGUCUGGCUCCGUUGUCAUCACUGCAAAAGACGUCUACCGUCGGAUCUGCAAUCUCGAACCCUACUAUCUACGAUUCGGACUCCUGGCAAAGGAAGACAUCCCUUCCUGCCCCAAGGUCACAAUCUCAGUCACCAUCGACAAGGCUGAGCUCGCUGAGCGUCCCAGUCGUGCUAAUGCUUCUUUCAAGCUACCUCCUCUUGCUGGAGCUCUACAACACGGUCUUUAAGCGCGUCAUAGACGCCAUGUCGAAGCUGGGCGAUAUGAAUACUUAUUUACAGGACUUGCCGGAGUUCCAGGUCGCCGGACUGCCCUCCAUGAAGGCGCAACUGUACGCCAAGAUCAUCGUCCAAGUCAUUGAGCAUCAUUUCGACCGUCUAGAGCGCCUGUUGGGCCUCGCUGAAGAGUUCGGCCUGUCGGAACGGGCUGCGGAUUCGGAGGGCUUGCUGAGCACUACUCCGGGCAUAUCUCAACUUCUACACGUUGCUAUGACGCAGACGGCAGGAAGGCCCGGUACUUCGGGCACUUCAACGCUGAAGUCGCUCAGAUCGCACCUCAGAGAUCUUCAAGGCAUGCUAUCUACAUAG